UCAUACUUUCUUACUUUCCAUUCCACUACCAUUGAAAUUUCGCUUUUGAUGUGGCCACUCAAUGGAAACUUCUUUCUCUAAGUUCAUAAAUGAUUUCUAGAAUUUCAAAUCCAAUGGUCUUUUCUCAGCUUUCAUCCUUGACCUUUCACCUUCCUCUGACAUUGCUGAGCAUCUUAUCUUCCUAGAGUCUUUCUUUUCUCUGGAUUUUUGAAGACAGUGCCCUCUCCUGGAUUUCUUAUUACCUCUCAUCUCAUUUUUUCCUUAGAGUAGGCUCUGAUCAAACAUCAGAGAAACUUGUAAACAUGGGACUACCUAAGCUACCAUAGGACUGAGAAAGUCUUGAGAAGUAUAGGUCAUAUAAAGCUCAUACAUCUAGAACUAUAUAGCUCAAGGAUCAUCUUUUCUAGUUCUGCUUCUCAUAAAGAAAAUGAAGCCCAGAAGAAUUAAGAAAAUUGCCCACUGUCACUCAGGAGAAAAGCACUGUGAAAGAAAAUUCUUUACUCUUUCAUCUAUCCUGAGUGAACACUAACUUAAAGUACUUCAUUAGAUUGUAAAGACAGGAUUGACUCUCCUUUGUCUGCCUUUUGAUUGAAUCAACACAAGCUUGAACUAGGUGGAGGAGCUCAUAAACCACUUAGUGAAUUCACACCCUACUUAGUGCUAGGUGAGAAGCCAGCAAGAUACUUGGAAGAGCUCCACCCUUUUUUCUAACUCAGUCAGGAACCUGUGAAUUCUUUUAAGAGUUCACACCCUUAGAAACUCUGAACCCUUUUAAUGAAUAUCCAUCCCUCUAGAAGGUGUGAACUGGUUCCCACAAGCUGGCCCUGGGGCAGAGCUAGACAAUUUGGAAGCUGUGAUUGGCCCUUGUGAAAAAGGGGGGAGAUAAGAAGCCACUAUAAAAGGCCCUGAAUUUCUCAGGUGAAAAGGUAGUCAGCUUUAAGAAGAGGUCAGCUUAAAGAAGAGUCGGCCUCAGAACUCACCUUCAGUUCAAGUCAUCUCUUGGAGGAAACUUGGAGUUCUCAGUCUCCUGACUUCAUGUGAAAGAGGGCCAAUGCUGAAGUCAUGUCCCUGUGGGGGAUGUAGUUAUGGUACCCACCAAAGGGAACCAGGGGGAGAACCCUGAAGACCCCCAAACCCAGGUGAUCUUGCAGUUAUAGCCUGUGAAGCAAGUGAUUUAUGAAGUGAGAUCGGAGAACAAUGCAGCUGUUGUAGCUGGAGAAACCCACACAAUCCACGAAAUUGAAGAAGGGAUUGAUGCUAGCGCCAUAGGAGCAAACAAAGGAAUGGAAAUUGCUUGUCCUAUCACGUGUGGGGAGAACAAAGCCAUCCUGCUGUGGGAGAAGUUUGUAUGUCCAGGAGUUCACGUGAAGUGUAUCAAGUUCAAUGAUCAGUUGGUCAGUCCCAAGCAUUUUGUUCAUCUGGCUGGCAAGUCCACCCUGAAGGACUGGAAGAGAGCCAUUCGCCUGGGUGGGAUCCCGCUGAGGAAAAUGAUGGACUCUGGCCAGAUAGACUUCUACCAGCAUGACAAGGUUUGCUCCCGUAACUGCAGAUCCCCCAAGUAUGACCUCUUGAUCAAAAGAGCCCUUGUGCCAGGGCAGCAGACAGGUGUGGUGCCAAAGCUUACUUUGGCUGAUGGUGGGGGGAUGUUCCCAGUGGCCGAGGAAGUGAGGGGGGGCCUCCCGACCCCUCCCUCUGAUGGACAUCUGGCAGGGGGAGUCACACAGAUGGACACUUCAGAGGAGAAUAUGGAGGAGGCUGUCACCAUGGCCACUGAGGAGAUUUCAGAGGACACCCUGCUGUUCUGGAAGGGCAUAGCCAAUGUGGGGCUCAUGAACAAGGUGAUCUGCAGCAUUCAGAAUGAAAUAAUGGAGGUGCUCAGGGGUAUUCAGCAACGGCUCCUUCAGGCCCCCUUUCAGGUGAGAGACGCUGCUGUCCUUAACAAUGUAGCCCAUACCUUUGGCCUGAUGGACACGGUCAAGAGAGUUUUGGACAACAGGAGGAGUCAGACAAAGCAAGGAGAAGAGCAUUUUCUCUACACUCUUACAGACCUACAACGCCAGCUGGAGGAGCAGAAGAAGCAGGGCCACAACCGUAGGCUGAAGUCUCAGACAGAUCAGAAUGUGGUUCUGAUGCCUAUGAACAUCCCCAAGCCACCCAAGAGGCCUCGUCCCCAGAGCCCAGAUUCCACCACCGUCCUGAGCUCCUUGCCCAUUGCCAUGGCCCCAGGGGGCCUCAGCCAGGGCUCCAGCCCUGUGACUGUCCACACCCUGCCUUCUGGCUCCCAGCUCUUCCGCUAUGCCACCGUUGUCUCUUCCACCCAGACCAGCUCUCCUGCCUCAGUGACCAUCCAGCCCUCCUCCAGCCUGAUGCUGCUGAGCUCAGCUGCCACGGAGGAUGGUGGGGCUUUGGGCAACAUGGCCACAGGGCUGAGCCCUGUGGAGCUGGCAGCGAUGGAGUGCGGCCUCAUCCCGGCCCUGGAGAGCACUUCUGAGGCUGGACAGACCAUCCAUUGGGGUUCAUCCUACCCAGACCCUGAGGCUGAGGAGCCGAGGGGAAAGCUUCAUCCUGAGGAGAAGCUUGUGGCAGAGACGGAGGAGCAUCGGCUUCAAGUUCACAACGUGGAGAUUGUGGUGCUCAAGGUUUAAGCGGGAGACUGGGCCCAGCAGUCUCAUUCUUUGUUUGGAUUUGUAAUAGUUUGUUCCUUUUCACCACGGUCCUGCUCAUUUCCACAGAGGAUUCUGUUUUCUUUUUCCAAUAAAAAACAAAAGAACAAAAAUCUCAGUAAAAUGACUGAACGUGCUGCUCCCCCCAUCUUCCUCCUCGCCCCCACAGGUAAGUAGUGGACAAGAUGAGUUGCUCUUAGAGAGGGGAGAAAGAUGCUACUCUCUCCCCUAACCUAACCUUGCCACCUAGAAAGGCACCUCUUUUAGAGGAGGAGGCCAGAUAACUAGGACUACUGUCCAAAGGGUUCUUCCCAGGCUGGGCUCUGUGUGAAUGCUUUGUAAAGAUGCAGUGAUAUGGAUUGGGCCCCUGGGGAGCAUGUACCUGGGAUAUUUGAUUUUGCCUGUGCCCCUGGGAGGCCUGGGCCCUCAGGGCCAAGGGGAAGUCUGGCUGGCAGCCAGAGGAAGAUGAGGGAUGUGACAUUGCUAAUGGGAAAGAGGAGUGGACCAGCGUCCUCUUAAAGAAGGGAAGUGCUUUGACAGGGAUCACAGCAGGGAGAAAGGCCAAGGUUUGGGGGAUGAGCCAGGGCAUUUUCCUUCUAGGAAUAGCAUCUCUGAGGCCUCACCACAAAUAAGUGCCCUGAGAGAGGUGCCAGUGACCACCCAGCACAAGCCCCGAGUGUGAGCGAGGACUUGGAAGCCUUUGGGGGAGAAUCCCCAAGGAUGAACCCUGAAGGGUAGAAGUGAUCCUCUGAGGAGCAAGUGGCCCCUCUCUCUGCCUCUCCCUUUAGUUUUUUUUUUUUAAGUAUUUUUUUAGGUAUUUUUAAAGUGGCAUCUGUGAAUUUUAGAUUUACUCCACCCUGCUUAGUCUUUAGAAUUCUAGCAACCAGGAAUGUAUACACCCCCACUUAAGGAUUAACUGUGGGGGAGGAUGGUCUAUGACCCACAAUGUGCUAGCGAGUGACAAAUAUCAGAAACAACUGACUGAUCCUUUGGGCUGUCCUAAGUCAAGUUUAAGCCACCACUGGUACAUGUGAGAAACAGGAAGUGAGGUAAAGAACUGCCUUUAUAUUUCAUGUCACUUCCUGUGAGAGGGACUUUUGGUGGACUUUUGGUGGUCUUUGGCAGUGGAAUGGGACUUGGAGCUCUAGUGUGGAACCUCAACCUGCUUCUUGUGACCAGACGGUGAAUGAUAAGGCUGACUCCUCUUUCCCUUAACCUUUCUGAAGGCACCAGCCUCCAUGGAGACCCCUCAUCUUGGAGGAAGCCUUGUGGCUGGAAGCUGAGCUAGAUUUAAUCUUCUGGGAAGACCCCUUGGUUGAGGCCUCUGAAUUCCUCCUAGUUUAGGCAAGGCCAGAGCAGAAUUUCCCCUUCCUCUCUCCUUCAUUCUUAAUUUCUUCCUUCUAUUGUAAACAAAUCGCCAUAAAAUCCCAUUCUGACUUGAGUAUUUCAUUGGGAUUUAGAAUUUAAAUCCCUGGCGACCAUUAAAUAAUAUAUUCAGGCUCAACCCAAAAAUUUACCCUUAACACAUCAGCCCAUUGUCCUGCCCAGUCUACGUGUUUGUUUUCUGUCUGGUGCUCAUUCAUUUUUUUCUUAAUUUUUAUCCUUUCCCUUGUGAGCCUGUGCUCUGAAGCCAUCAUUUUUCUCAUUGGGUAACUCCUGAAGCAAGAGAACUCUCCAGAUGGGCUGCUUUGACUUGGAACUGUUUUCUGGAAAGAGUUUGAUUCUGGUUGAAGGUUAACAAGUCCUGGAUGAGCCAAGCACUGGAACAGUAUUUAGUUAGAUAGGUUAAUGUCUUCUCUACCCUUUUGUGUUCCUCUGCUUUCAC